CGUCAACUGAACUGAAAUGAUGUUUGUUUUGUUUGUUGAUGGAAAAAAGUAAAGGAUUUUUGAUUCUUUUAAGAGAGUAUUUUGAUUCUGGGCUUUUUAAAACUAUGUUUACUUCAAGUGCUCAAUCAAGAGCGUGGAUGUUUAAGAGUAGUUCUGAAUUAAACAAAAGAAGAGAAUUCGCAAAUGUAAAAUUUAUUAAAGAGCAUUCGAAAGGAAUGAGUGAGGAUGCUAUUAAAAAAUUUUUUCUGACACCUCAAGAAGAAAGAAUCUUAUAUAAACACUAUGAAUCCAUUUUACUUAAAUUUUGCCAAAAGUUUCAACCACCUAUGCCAAAAAAUGUCAUUGGAUGUUCAUUUCAUUAUUUCAAACGAUUUUAUUUAAACAAUUCUGUAAUGGAUUAUCAUCCCAAAGAUAUUGUAGUGACUUGUGUCUAUUUGGCUUCUAAAGUUGAAGAAUUCAAUGUUAGCAUAGCUCAAUUUGUUGCAAAUGUCAGAGGAGAUCGAGAAAAAGCUACAGAAAUAAUUUUAAAUCAUGAGCUUCUUCUAAUGCAACAGUUAAACUUUGAUUUAUCUGUUUAUAAUCCUUACAGACCAGUAGAAGGAUUCCUCAUUGAUAUUAAGACUAGGUAUACUGAAUUUUUUGAUCCAGAACAUCUACGCCCAGCAAUAGAAGAAUUUUUAGAUAAGAUACAAUUUACAGAUGCUUGUUUCUUAUAUUCCCCUUCCCAGAUUGCCUUAGCUGCUAUAGCUUAUGGUACCUUAAAAUUUAAAGAAAACAUUGAUGGGUAUUUGAGUGACAUACUUUUUGAUGGCCAGCCUGACAAAUUAGCUUAUGUGAGAGAUGCUAUAAAAACCAUGUUUACUAUGGUGAAAAAUGAAGCCCUUCAUGUUAUGGAUCCUAUUAGAGCUGGUUUAGAAAAGAAAUUAGAGAAAUGUAGAAAUCAAGAAAAUAAUCCAAGCAGUGCAGCAUACAAAAGAAAACUUGAAGAAAUAGAUGAAGAUGAAGACAUAGAACCAGCACAAAAAUAUUCUAGACUUUUAGAGCUGGUUCAUGAAAACAUUCUCCAGUCUGAGAAGAUUCCACAGCUUGAUUCUUUUGACAUGGAAACUGGCUGAAAAUGAGGAAUCUCAAAUGAUGGAAGAUGAAUUAAAUCUUGGUGUCCAGUUUUUAAAUCAUAAAUGAGAACAUUCAACAUUUCAAAUAUUUAUUUUUGUAUAUUCAAAAAUUGUAAAUAAAGCUAUGGAAUUUUUUA